AGUGAGUAUUCAUUUCUCAUGCAGGGAGUACCGGGCGUGUCUUUAUCACACUCACAGUCUCGCACACAACGUCCUGCAUUCGUGUGUGUGUGUUGGGCGGUAGAGUGGAGUUUUCUCAAACUAUAACCAAUACGGAAGCGUUGUGUGACAAACAAAGAGAAGAAGAUGCACUAUUACAGAUAUGAAAAUGCAGAGGUCAGCUGUUGCUACAAAUACCUCAUGUUCAGCUACAACAUUAUCUUCUGGCUGGCCGGAACAGCAUUCAUCGCAAUUGGCUUCUGGGCCUGGAGUGAAAAGGGUGUACUAUCGGAUCUGACACAAGUAACACGUCUACAUGGUUUUGACCCUGUUUGGGGCGUGCUUGUGGUGGGCACUGUCACAUUUAUUUUGGGCUUUGCAGGAUGUGUUGGAGCACUCAGGGAAAACAUCUGCCUCCUGAAGUUUUUCUCUGGAGUCAUUGGGUUAAUCUUCUUCCUGGAGCUGACGGCUGCAGUGCUGGCAUUUGUGUUUCAGGGGCAAGUUAGGGGAUGGAUAAAUGAUUUCUUCUUGGCCAAUGUGAAGGCUUACAGGGAAGACAUUGACCUACAGAACCUGAUUGACUCCAUUCAGAGACUAAAUCAUUGCUGUGGAGCUAAAGACCCCAACGAUUGGGACCUGAAUGUGUAUUUUAACUGCUCAAUGAGUAAAUCCAGCAGAGAGAAAUGCGGAGUGCCUUUUUCUUGCUGCCUCAAUGACCCUGCUGAUACAGUGGUGAACACGCAGUGUGGAUAUGAUGUUAGAUCAUCUGGCACAUUGUCCCAGUGGAGCAGCACCAUUUAUGUCAAAGGAUGCAUUACAGCUUUAGAGGACUGGCUUCCACGGAAUCUCUACAUUGUGGCCGGAGUCUUCAUAGUCAUAUCACUGUUACAGAUGGUGGGAAUCUUCUUGGCAAGGACAUUGAUUGGAGACAUUGCAAAGGUCAAAUUUAAUUAUUACUGAGCUCUUAUAACUGUGGAAGCAACUGGAAAGCAGUAUAUGGAAAAAGAUGUGGACCCUGUUUUAUGACUCUGCCUCUUUUUUCUUCUGCAUCUACUUUGUGGUGGCCAAUCACAUGUGUGGAGAAAGGGACUCCAUUCACUGGACCACAUCUUUAUUGUUUCUUAAGACCAUUUAUUGAAUCCGGAGCUGCCUAGCUAAUUUGGAUACCGUCACAGGUGUGCCUUCGCUCUUCUACAAGUGUUUCUUGGAUAAUUUAGCUCCAGGUCUCUUUUUUGUUUUUGUUUUAUUGACCCACUAUUAAGCAAACAUUUGUAUCUUUUGAAACCACUAAUAACCAAACAUUAUGGAAAUAAUGGGAUCUUCUAUCAACAGACCAUAACCUGUAAUCUAACCUGAGAUGUAAUUAUAAUCAUGAACAAAAGCGAGUAGGCCAACCAAGCUUUAAUUACUGAAACAUAUCUGUAUGGUCCUCUUGCACAGUCUGCUAAACAUUGUGUCAUGACUUUUCUAUUGUCAACAGAAUUGAGAAUUAGUACAGAAGCACUAUAAGAAGAUGCUUAAAUGUAAAUGUACAUAUUUUUUCUCUGACAAAAAAAAAAAAAAGUUUAGAAGAGAAGGGAGCCUAUCUAAUGCAUCAGUCGAUUUUCCGUUUGUGAUUCUGUAUUUGAUCAUGAGCACCUCACCUAAACUGUUGUUUUCAAGUGGAGCCUUUGAAUGAUGUGAGAUAAUUUUAUCCGUGGAACCAUUUGAACAUGUAGCUUUGCCUGUGAUGAAUUUGAACUCAUUCAUUUCAUAUAAGAGCGGUGAGACCCAUAGAAAUCACUUAAGUUUGAUGGUAGUCACCAUAUGUUAUUUUUUGAAGUACACAUGCCAUUGCCUUGAGAUGUCAACUCUUACCUCAUUGUUUCUACUUUUGACAGGUGACUUCAUGCACAAACGAAGGUUGUGCCUUUUCAUCGAUUUAGAAAUGUACAUUGUUCCUUGCGUUACAUAGAUCGAUUGAAAUCAAUAUUGUAACUAUUAGGUUAUUGUUCUAUUAGAAUCUUGGCUCUUUUUAUUUUGAAAUUGAUAUAAGGCAAUGUGUAAGUCAUUCCAUAUCAGGUAAUGUUUUCUGCAUCAAUUUGGAAACCUAACUGCCAUUAGAACAACUCCUACUUACAACACAAACAUUAAUGCUGAAGUGUGUUAUUUCUGUGUCACUCGUGUAGCUAAAUAGAUUUUAUUUCAGAGAUUCCAAAAUCUGUUCAUUGGUUGUACAAAACGAUAGUCCCGCCCCAAACUAACACCAUUGAGAAAAUCUUGCUGCGUUUGGCUGAACAAACCUCUCAAACAGAGAAAUGAUUUAAUAUUGACACAGAGCCAUAGUCUUAAACUUAUAUGUGAAAUCUACCUACAAAUGACUUAUUUAUAAUUGACACUGCAUAUUAAGCUGGGAUAUUACAUUUUUUUACAUAAAAAAUUACAUCAGCAACAAUAUGCAUUCUGAUAGAAAUGUGAACACCUGCCUGUCUUUAUCACUCUAUAGCCCAAAGAAUCCUCCUGUGAACACUUCUGGCUUUCCUUUUCACAGUUCUAUUGUUGUAUACUUCUGUAAAAUGACCUCUACAAGAAAAUAAUGGGGAAAAAAGUUAAUCUUCUAAAUGCAGAGUGCACUAUUUUGUAGUUUUUUUUUCUUUCUUUCUUUUUUCCCCGGAGUGUGUGUAUGCCACUGUGUAGUGUUAAAGGUAUAAUUCACCCAAAGCAUGUUCCAAACCCAUAUGACUAUUUCUUCUGUUGAACACAAAAAGAGAAGUUAGGAAAAAUGUUCAGUCGUAGUCACCAUUAACCACAAAAUGUAAGUGAACAGUGACUGGGGCGGACUUAACAUCUUCAUGUACCAUGGAAAAAAAGAAGGUCAUAUGGGUUUGGAACAACAUGAGGGAGAGUAAAUGAUGAAAAUGUUAUUUGUGGUUGAACUUUAAGACUUGAUAGAGUGUUCACUAAAAUGCAGUACAGUUUCUCCUUUUUUCAUGAAGGGACUUUUUUUGUUGAAUAUGUGAUUAUCUUUGUAAAUUUUUUCAUAAUUCCUUUCAUUUUUAUAUGCAAUAAAUACAUUUGAUCUUAGUUAUCACCGUCAUUGAUGUCUUUUAAGGUUUGUGACGCCCAUACCAGCUUUGUUUGGGUGUAUUAUUAUGCUGCAAAUAUUUGUGGUCAGACAUUGGUUGUCAGAUCAAGAUAUAAAACAUAUAAGUUUAAAUAUGUUUAUAAAUAGGUUUAAUUAUGUAAAACUGGUUUCCAAACAAUUUUCAUAAAUACGCAUUGCAUGCAAACAAUAUUAUUUUGCUUCAGAGAUGGUCUAUGGGACAUAAAAAUGUUUUUUAGCAGAGGUUAGACUAUGUCCAUUUUGUUUUAUAAUAUGUUGCUUAAAAAAUAACAUUAGUGUUGCUCCUAAUUUUGCACAGCUCAUUAUACAGGGACACUGGGGGUUUUCUUUUGUUUGUUUGUUUUUGCUAUAAAAAUAGACCAUACAUUAACCGAGUGUCUUCGAGGAAAAUAAAAUUAUUGUAUUAUAUUAUU